AUGAAGCAGAGAUUCUCGUCAAUAGACGUCAAAAUAAUAUGUCAAGAGCUCAACACUUCUAUCAUAGGCUUGCGAGUCUCGAAUAUAUAUGAUCUUUCGUCGCGCAUCUUCCUUUUCAAACUAGCCAAACCAGAUUACCGCAAACAACUCAUCAUAGACUCCGGAUUCCGUUGCCACCUCACUGAAUACUCGCGAACCACAGCAAAUACCCCCUCGGGCUUCGUGAGCCGGUUGCGCAAAUGUCUCAAGACAAGACGGGUCACGGCUGUCAAACAGCUAGGUACGGACAGGAUCAUUGACAUCGUUAUCAGUGAUGGGCUUUUCCAUAUAUACCUCGAAUUCUUCGCUGGGGGCAAUAUCAUCCUUACAGAUGCGGAGAACAAAAUUCUAGCUCUGUUUCGUACCGUUGCGGCUGCCGGGGAACAAGACGAGGUCAAAAUUGGGUUGACGUAUGCGGUUGAGAAGGCUCAAUAUUACAAUGGGAUACCCCCCGUAUCAGAAGAGAGGCUGAGAGCUACGAUACAAAAGGCGAUAGAUGCGGAGCAGUCACCAGGAGGAAAUGCGCAGAGAAAGCCCAAGAAAAAGGUUGAUGUGUUCAGAAGGGCUGUCUCCAGUGGGUUUCCUGAAUUUCCACCUCUUUUGCUUGAAGAUGCUUUUGCUGCCACUGGGUUUGAUUCGAGUAUUACGUUAAAAGAAGUUCUUGAGGACGAGAGCAUUUUCCAAAAGGCUAUGGCCGUCCUUCGUGAAGCGGAAAAGAUAGUUGCGGGAUUAUCUGAAGGAGAAACAAAAGGCUAUAUUGUAGCCAAAGAACGAGCCAAAAAGGAUACAGAUUUCGAUCAAUCGAACGACUCAGCUUCAAAAGAGAACCUACUUUUUGAAGACUUCCAUCCGUUCAGACCUCGACAGUUUGAGGGGAAACCUGGCUACCACAUUCUUGAAUAUGAUAACUUCAAUAAAACAGUGGACGAAUAUUUCUCCUCUAUCGAAUCGCAGAAACUUGAAUCCCGGUUAGCUGAGCAUGAAGAGACUGCCAAAAGAAAACUUGAAGCAGCUAGAGCAGAUCACCUCGACCGAGCUGGGGCCUUGAAACAAGCGCAGGAAUUGCACAUUCGCAAAGCAGAAGCUAUUCAGGCCAAUAUUUACCGCGUACAGGAAGCGACAGAUGCGGUCAACGGUCUUAUUGCGCAAGGAAUGGAUUGGGUGGAAAUCGCCAGGUUGAUAGAGAUGGAACAGGAACGAAACAAUCCAGUUGCCAAGACUAUCAAGCUGCCAUUGAAGCUCUUUGAGAAUACCAUCACAUUACUAUUGAGCGAGGAAAGUGCAAAAGGAGAAGGGGACAAAGAAGAAUUUUCUGAGUCUGAGCCGGAAGGAUCAGACAGCAAUUCUGAGAGUGAAUUUGAGAAAGAUGGCGGCCCGAAACGAAAAAAUGCCGAGCCUUUGGCAAUUGAUAUUGAUUUGAGCUUAUCACCGUGGUCGAAUGCAACUCAAUACUACGAACAGAAGAAAACUGCCGCUGUUAAGGAGCAGAAAACGAUCCAGUCAUCUGAAAAAGCCUUGAAGAGUCAGGAGAAAAAGGUCACUGAGGACUUGAAAAAGCACCUCAAGCAGGAGAAGCAGGUACUGCGACCUUCAAGGAAGCCAUUUUGGUUUGAGAAGUAUCUUUACUUCAUAUCAUCUGAAGGUUACCUGGUCCUAGGUGGUCGUGACUCACAUCAAGUGGAAAUAUUGUACCAACGAUAUUUGAAAAAGGGUGAUGUGUUUGUUCAUGCUGAUCUUGAAGGAGCUACUCCUAUGAUUGUGAAGAACAAAGAGGGGACUUCCAAUGCGCCUAUCCCACCCGGUACGUUGACUCAAGCUGGUAGUAUUUCUGUGGCCACAUCGAAGGCCUGGGAAACCAAGGCGUUGAUGCCUUCGUGGUGGGUACAUGCGCAUCAAGUAUCGAGGACGAAUGAGCGGGGUGAGCUCCUGGCUUCUGGAGGUUUCAUGGUCAAGGGCGAGAAGAAUUACCUAGCACCCGGGCAGCCUGUAUUGGGUUUUGCUGUUUUGUUUCAAAUCAGCAAAGAGAGUGUUCACAAUCAUCGAAAGCAUCGUAUAGAAGAAUACUCUGAACUGGAUACAAAGGAAACAGUUUCGGCAGAGACGAGUGCACAGGAAGCUUCGUCGGAUGUUAAAAGCACAGUCAAAGAAGAUGUUCUAGCUGUAGCCGACGACACAGUCGAACAACCAGAGACGGAAACACAGGUUGAGGAAGAAGAUUCGGCCUCGGAGAGCGAGAAAGAAGUAGAAGAUGAAGCACCAAAAUCCAAUCCCCUUCAACCCUCCGCCAACCAAGGAGACACCGAAGCACCACCAGAAGACAAUGCAGAGGCAGCCGAUGAAGAAGACUCAGAGAAUGAAACCGAUGAGAUGUCUACUAUCAACCAAGACGAAGCCCCCCAACGCAAGUCCAAUGGCAAACAAUCAACCAAACCAACAACAACAACAACAACAACAAAACAGAGAACUCUCCGUGGUAAAAAAGGUAAAGCCAAGAAAGCAGCCCAAAAAUACGCACACCAAGAUGAAGAAGAUCGCGAACUAGCCCUACGACUUCUCGGUGCAAACACCAAAGUCAACAAAACAGCCGAAUCAGCGGCAGAAAUCAAGGCGAAACGUGAAGCCGAGCUUGAGGCACAGAAACAGCGUCGACGUGCACAGCAUGAACGAGCAGCAGAAGCGGAACGGAAACGGCAGGAACAGUUCCUCAAGAACCGCCGCGAAGGAGAAGGUGCCGACGUUGCUAACGGAGAAGACGAAACCUACAACGACGAAACCAUCAAAGCUGAAGCGGAGGAUCUAUCCUGGCUUCCAGCUCUGGUCGGCACGCCCCUCCCUGAAGAUGAAGUCCUCGCCGCAAUCCCCGUUGCCGCACCCUGGUCUGUCGUAGCUCGAUUCAAAUACCGCGCAAAACUACAAGCCGGAAGUGUGAAGAAAGGUAAAGCUAUCAAGGAGAUACUGGGUCAAUGGAUCCUUGAAGCUGGAGGAUCUUCUGGUGUUGGCGCUGGUGCUGGUUCUGGGGCAGGAAACAAAAUCGCCAAAAAGGUUAUUGCAGAUGAUGUUGCAGAAGGGUUGGAUCGAGCUACUGCGGAAAGAAUGCGUGCUCGUGAAGCGGAUUUGUUCAAGGGUUGGCGCGAUGCUGAGGUUAUGAAUACUUUACCUGUUGGGAAGGUGCGUAUUGUUUCUAGUGGGGCUGCUGGUGGUAGCGGUGCUGGUGCAGGUAAAGCUGAUAGAGGUGGGAAAGGGAAAGGAGGUGGUGGUGGUGGACCAAAAGGUGGGAAAGGGGGAAAGAAGAAGUAGUUCUUCUCUGCGAAUAUUAUGAAUAGAGU